GCGAACCCCAUCAGACGAUCGCGGCACCUCGCACAUCACAGAUCUAUUAUCGCCGUUCUCGUUUUCCAAUUUUGACUGAGUUUUUGAUAAUUUUUUUCUGCCGAUCCGUUGGAUUUUCUAAUUGUUCCUGCUUACCGUUUCGAUUUUUUUCAUUACUUUUGUCGUUUGUCUAAUAUUAACAGACAAACAAUCAAAAUGGUUAAGAAGAACAAGAUGUACGUUAUCAAGCGAAAUGGAAACAAGGAAGAGAUCCAUUUCGACAAAAUUACGUCGAGAAUCCAAAAACUGUGCUAUGGACUGGAAAUGGACUAUGUCGAUCCUACGGCUAUUACUCUCCGUGUUAUCAAUGGGCUUUAUUCUGGAGUUACAACUGUGGAACUUGAUAACUUAGCUGCUGAAACCGCUGCCACAAUGACUACAAAACAUGCAGACUAUGCAAUUUUAGCUGCUAGAAUAGCAAUCUCAAAUUUACAUAAAGAAACCAAGAAAUGCUUCAGCGAUGUUAUGAAUGAUUUACAUAACAUGAUUGAUCCAAUCACCAAAGAACAUAUUCCAAUGAUAAGCAAACAUCAUAAUGAACUGAUACAAAAGCACAAAGAUAAAUUGAAUUCUGCAAUUAUCUAUGACAGAGAUUUUGGAUAUAACUACUUUGGAUUUAAAACAUUGGAGAGAAGCUAUUUAUUGAAAAUCAAUGGCAAAGUUGUUGAAAGACCACAGCAUAUGCUCAUGAGAGUCGCUGUUGCUGUUCAUGAAGAAAAUCUUGAUAAAGUUAUUGAAACAUACAACUACAUGUCAGAGCGUUACUUCACGCAUGCUUCACCAUCACUUUUCUCAGCUUGUACUGGACGCCAACAAAUGUCAAGCUGCUUCUUGUUGACAAUGACUGAAGAUAGUAUUGAAGGUAUUUAUGACACAUUAAAGAGAUGUGCUCUAGUAAGUAAAUCUGCUGGAGGCAUUGGUUUGAGUGUCCACACAAUCAGAGCCAAGGGUACAAGAAUUGCCGGAACAAAUGGAGUUUCUAAUGGUUUAGUUCCUAUGUUAAGAGUGUAUAAUAACACAGCACGCUAUGUUGACCAAGGAGGUAAUAAGAGGCCAGGAGCUUUUGCAAUGUAUCUUGAACCUUGGCAUGCGGACAUUUUUGAAUUUCUUGAUCUCAAAAAAAAUACAGGCAAAGAAGAACAUAGAGCCAGAGAACUUUUCUAUGCUUUGUGGAUCCCAGAUUUAUUCAUGCAAAGAGUCUUUGAUAAUGGAAAAUGGAGUUUGAUGUGUCCUCAUGAAUGUCCAGGCUUGCCAGAUGUAUGGGGUGAAGAAUUUGACAAGCUUUAUAUGAAAUACGAAGAAGAAAAACGUUACAAACGACAAAUUGAUGCUCGUGAUUUAUGGACAGCUGUUUUGAUGUCACAAGUAGAAACUGGAACACCAUACAUGUUAUACAAAGAUGCUUGUAAUCGUAAAUCCAAUCAACAAAAUUUGGGCACAAUCAGAAGUAGUAAUUUAUGUACUGAGGUUGUACAGUACUCAUCACCUGAUGAAGUGGCAGUUUGUAAUUUGGCAUCAAUUGCUGUUAAUAUGUUUGUCCAAAUAAAUCCAAAUCAACGCACAUAUGACUUCAUGAAAUUGAAAGAAGUUGCCAAGGUUGCUACCAGAAAUUUAGAUAGGAUAAUAGACAUCAAUUACUAUCCCAUCAAAGAGGCUAAGAACUCCAACUUCAGACACAGGCCCAUUGGUAUUGGUGUUCAAGGCUUAGCUGAUGCAUUUUUAUUGAUGAGAUAUCCAUUCGAGAGUGAAGAGGCUCAGAAACUUAAUAUUCAAAUCUUUGAAACUUUAUACUACGGAGCAUUAGAAGCCAGUUGUGAAAUUGCCAAAGAAAAAGGUCCAUACUCUACGUAUGAAGGUUCACCAGUCAGCAAGGGAAUUUUGCAAUAUGACAUGUGGAACGUGACUCCUACAAAUCUCUGGGAUUGGGCAGCUUUGAAAGCAAAAAUUGCUCAAUAUGGAGUGAGAAAUUCAUUACUUCUUGCACCAAUGCCUACUGCAUCGACAGCACAAAUACUUGGAAAUAACGAAUCUAUAGAGCCUUACACCAGUAAUAUUUAUUCACGAAGAGUCUUAUCUGGAGAAUUCCAAAUCGUCAAUCCUCAUCUUUUGAAAGACUUGACUGAAAGAGAUCUUUGGGAUGAAGACAUGAAGAAUGAAAUUAUUGCUAACAAUGGCUCUAUACAGAAUAUUGAACGUAUACCCGACGAUCUGAAACAACUAUAUAAGACUGUUUGGGAAAUAUCCCAAAAGACUAUUUUGAAAAUGGCUGCAGAUAGAGGAGCUUUCAUUGAUCAAUCUCAAUCUCUCAAUGUACAUAUGGCUAAACCUACGACUGAAAAACUUACGUCCAUGCACUUCUAUGGUUGGAGGGCUGGCCUUAAAACUGGCAUGUACUAUUUGAGAACAAAACCUGCAGCGAAUGCACUCCAAUUUACUGUUGAUAAAUCAAAAUUGAAAACGGAAACUCCCUCAAAAAAUCAAUCAAUCACUGAGAACGGUAAUAGAUCAUUCAAACAAGAAGAAGAGGAAGAAGAAGAUGCUGCAUUAGUAUGUUCACGAGAGAACGGAGAUGCUUGUAUGAUGUGCAGUGCCUAAAUGUCUAUUGAGACUGCCCUCGUUUGUUAUUCCAAGGUGUGAUUUUAUUUGCAAAUCGACGACUAACUGGAGCUUGAAAAUAAUUUUUUUAUUUAAACAUUUUGUAUGACACAAUGUGACUCUUGAACGAUAGUUAUAUGUUUAUUUAUUAUGUAACCUACUCUAAGUAAUUGUUAAUUAUAAGAACAAAAAUUAAGUUAAUUAAGACCAGUGAAAAGUUUUGCUACUACUCAAUUGAUUUACUCAGCAUAUAUCUGUAAGUCGAUGAACUUAUCUAAACAUAUUACAAGUUGCAUCUAAAUAUUAACGAUUGCUUAUCAAAAAAGCGGCUAAAAUCAAACAGGAGAUGAUUCUGUGAAAACUUGAACAAAUUUUUAAGUCGUAUUGACAAAAAAUUCAACUUAUAAAAUGAUCUAAUCAUUUUGUAAAU